UCACUGUGUCGCAGGUGCUAGCUGACAAUCUACAUGCAAGACACGGCGGAGAACUUGGCGAGCUCGAAAUGGCAACUAUCGAGACGUGAGCAAGACGCGUUUCGUCCCCCGUUCGCAUGCAUUCCCAUUAAAGGAGAGACACGAAGAGACUCAUGUUUUUACAUGCGGGUCUCUGACGUCGUGGAGACUGUUCACGAGGCAGAAGACCUCUUUUUCUCUGCCUCUCUUCAUCAAGAAGAGGUGGAAACAUGUGUAUCUCAGGAAGGACGAAAGGCGAGUUCUCGACGAUGGCUUCUCCUGCCCCCGCGAUUCCUUUUUUGAUUUGUUUUUCUAUUUCAUGUUUUCUUUUCGUGGUAUCUGUUGAUGCCCGUUCUGCAGCCGGUGAAACCCUCCGGUUUCACAGUGAUGCGGUCCCCGCUGACCUGCUGCCGCAACACAGAAAACUUUCUUCUUCUCCUUUGUCUCCUCCUUCCUCCUCUUCUUUUUUGUCUCUUCCUUCGUCUUCCUCGUCUUCUGUCGCGUCGUCUCUUCGAAGACUCUCAGGUGUGCGUUCCGGUGUAGAGACGAAAGGUCAGUUUCCCCAGGGGCCUUCGACGAGCAGGGAGAAGCACCAGGCCUUCCAAGAAAUCAAGACCAGUGGUGUCACACAGAUGAGGCAGUUGUCUUUUUCUCGCUCUCUCCCGGUCUCGCGUUCGACUUUGUCUCUUUCGACUCACUCCGCUGGGCCGCCUUCCUCGGUCUCUUCUCACCUCUCUCCUGCGGCUUCCUUCUCUCCACUGCCCCCUCACACCCCACAAGUGUCUCCAUCGGGUCCUCGCACACCGCCGGCGCUCGUUCAGCUGCAAGGCGCUCCUGCCUUCAGUGGACAGCUAGGCUCUGGCGUCGACCUCAUGCCUGACUCUGAAGAAGAUAUCAGCAUCAUGCCGAAUUGCAUGUUCUACUCUUCCUACGCUGGAAGUUGUAUUCCAGGUGCUGCCCACUCACCAUGCAGAUACUGCCGAGCGAAACAGUUUUCCGGUCUGUACGGAGCUGCUCAGUGUCCAUCAUUCCUUUCGUUUCCUCCUGAACUGCAGGCGCUGUACCGUUGGCGCAUCACCCCCGCGAAACGUUCUCGCGUAAAAGGCUGGACGGACGAACUCGUUUGUGUGGUGGAGAAAACGCAAGUGGCUGACCAGAUGCAAAUGCAAGUGAAUCAGAGUGCCUCCGAGGCAGCUGUCCGAGCCUCCAUGCCCGCUGCUGGAUUCGCUGCAGGCCCUUCUCCCUUUGUCAAUCCCUAUGCCUUCAGUCAGGCUUUACCUUCGGUGCAUGCAGGCACUGCGAGUCUCUUUUCCGUUUCCCUCGCGUUCCUCGCUUCUGCACUGACUCUCCUAAAGUCUUAGAUUAAUAAUGUCUCAAGGGAUAUGGGGCGAAAGGAAACGCACAAAGACUAUGUAUAUUAUGUAUAUACGUGAAUAAACAGAGACAUAGAGCUUACGAUACUGAAUAUGACUCCAGUUAAGAGACAAAGACCAUCAGGUUCUACAUGGUUGCUGUCCACCACCAGUACAGUUAUAACUGCGGACCGUCUUUAUACAUCUGUCGUGUGGAGUUGGAACAGUUCUGAUGGUGUGAUUUUGUGGCUUCCCCGCUUAGGGAGGGUGGAAGAUGAUUAGAAUGGUGGAGGAAAUAAAAAAAAACACAAACAUGCAAAUUGGUUUUUUUCGUUUUUUCACUUCUCUGUUUAUUUCCCUUCAUUCUCCGAGACCAAACAUCCACCCGCCGGUAACUCUUCAGAGAGUUCGUCCCCGUUCUUACAGGGAAACAUUCCUUGUAAAAUUUCCAGAUUAGAAAAAAGCCUUUUCCCCGAUGCCAAGGCGCUUCACAAAGGCAGAAAGACACAACGUUCCGGAUCCCUGCGUUUUUUGUUCGAGUCUUCCUUCUCUCUACGCGUUUCUCCUCAUGCCAAGACGCCACACACUGAAGGCACUCAGAGAACAGUCGUCCUGAGAAACGAAGCCGACAUGGAAGGAAGGGCUGAGUCGCAUGAAGACUGUUCAGUGUUUCGACUUGCGAAGAGAGAAAUAAAACUCUCAAGAUGCAUCUGUGGAAAGUCUGACAUCGAAACUGCUGAAACUCUGUGGACUCCUGCUCUCUCUGCUUCUGCGUUGCAUGCACGAGCUCUUCUGGGAGC